AUGUCGAAAGCAAUUGAAGCCCGAAAGCGCCGCGUCAUGGUCCCCGCCAUCGCUGGACUCACUGUCCUCGGCUACGGAGUCUACUACAUGGGAAACAGAUCACAAAACAACCCCAACGCAACCGGAGCCAACGGCGUGAUUGGAGCCGGAGGUGCGAGCAAAGGAAACAUUAGCUCAUCUCUACAAGAGACAUUCGGAACCGGUGGUUCGACAGCUGGCACGACAACCGACUAUGAAACAAAGGACACUCGCGCGAUAACUAGCAUGUCGGGUAUCUAUACUAAGAAGGAGGCUGGUAAAGAGGAGGGUAGGCAAUUCCGUAACCCGUUGGUGCCAAAGGGCGAGAACAAGAAGCAGGAGGAUAUUGUUGGUGUUACUGGGUCACCUGGAAAAUAG